AGCACUACCAGCAGCAGCAGCUCGAAGCUUAGAUAGAGGUCUGCAGGGUGGUCAUCGUCUUGGAAGAGAGGUCAAUGGCAGCAGCAGCAGCUUCUGCUUCUCCCCCGUUCUUCUCCGGCUUCGACAUGGCGCUGGUCCUCGGAGUCUUGGCUGCUAUCCUUGCAAGGGCGGCGUCCGUUGGCGUAUGCUACGGCACGAGCGGUGACAACCUGCCGCCGGCGAGCACCGCGGUGGGCAUGCUCCGUGAGAACGGCUUCACCGUGGUGCGCCUCUACUGGCCGGACCCCGCGGCGCUCGCGGCGCUCGCCGGCACCGGCAUCAAGGUCGUCGUCGGCGCGCCGAACGACGUCCUGCCCGCGCUGGCCACCAGCGAGUCCGCCGCCGCGGCCUGGGUCCGCCAGAACAUCCAGGCCCACCCGCUGGUGACCUUCCGGUACGUCGUGGUCGGGAACGAGGUCCCCGCGGGCGAGACGGCGCACCUCGUGCCCGCCAUGGAGAACGUCCAUGCGGCGCUCGCGGCGGCUGGUCUGGGCCACGUGAAGGUGACGACGGCCAUCUCGCAGGGCACCAUCGCCGUGCACCUCCCGCCGUCGGCCGGCGAGUUCACGGAGGAGGCGCGGUCGUUCAUGGGCUACGUGGUGUCCUUCCUGGAGCGGACCCGCGCGCCGCUCCUGGCCAACCUGUACCCGUACUUCGUCUACACGCUCGGGCUCGGGCACAUGGACAUGGGCUUCGCGCUGUUCACGUCGCCGGGGCCGGUGGUGCAGGACGGCGAGUACGGGUACCAGAACCUGUUGGACGCGACGGUGGACGCGCUGUACACGGCGGUGGCGAGGCUCGGGGGCAGCAGGGUGCGGGUGGUGGUGUCGGAGACCGGGUGGCCGACGGCGGGCGGCGCGGCGGCGUCGGUGGAGAACGCGAUGACGUACAACCAGAACCUGGUGAGGCACGUGCGGAAAGGCACGCCGCGGCGGCCGAGGAGGGUGGAGGCCUACGUGUUCGCCAUGUUCAACGAGAACCUCAAGGAAGCCGGCGUGGAGCAGAACUGGGGGCUCUUCUACCCCAACAUGGAGAGGGUUUACCCAAUCACCUUCGGCGCCUGACAAUCGAUGAACGGAAUACGUAUUUGCCGGUAUUGUGCUUGGUGUGUGUACCGUAUUUGUACAGGGAUUGGUUGCGACCGCUGAGGAUUUGUUUGCCUCAGACGCGUACGCUGAGAUGUGUUCCAUGUGUAGUAUAGUACACUACUAGUGUGCGAGGUGUGAUGAGAUUUGGACACGCGGAUCGACACGUUUGCUGGACAAGCAAAUUGAGUUGAAUUUCAUUUCA